UUUAAGAAUUCAAAACCAGUGGAAGGAUCCUUAUUUGGUACCCAGAAUGUGGCAACGAUGCAGCAGAGUCCAUUAACAUCGGCAUCGUUGGAUAAACAGAGGGCUGAGUUAGCUAGGAAGCAUGUGAGAGCUCUUAAUAACCAAUUUGUAAGUUGGGUGCAAAUACAGCUGAAGAAUCAUCCUGAUGAACUUUGGGAAGAUGGGAUGAAUGACUACAUUAGCCAUGCUUCAAACAUUCUGGAAAAGUUUAAGGAUGUGGUCAACUGGCUAAAAGAAAAUAAGGGAAAGGGGGAGAAUGUAUCCCCUGAAUCUCGUGGAGCAGAGAAGAAACUAGUGGCUGAAGUCAAGAACAGCGACGAUAAAUCGGUCUCAAACAAUCAACCUGUGCUCUUCUCAAACAACCAAUCUUCCAAUUUUUCCAGUAGUCAGUCUGGUUUGUUUUCAAGCCAGCCUGGAGCAUUCUCCAGCAGUCCAUUUGGUUUAGCAUCCAGUAGCCAAACCGGAUCUUUUAGCAGUGGCCAGUUUGGUUUGACCAAAAGCAGCCCAUCAAGCCUAUUUUCAAGCAGUCAAGCAGGAGGAGUUUCUAAUAGCCAACCUUCUUUCUCAUUAUCUAAUAAUCAAAACCUUUUUUUCUCUGGAGGUAUCUACUUUCACAUGAGCAGAGUGCAUUUAUUUGGACUUGUCAUUAAUCAGCUUUGCAUCUUCAGGACAAGUUUAUGUCAGGGACCUAACCUCUACUUUUCUUGUUUGCUGGUGAUAGUAACUCCAGUGUCCAUACCGGCAAAGCGGGAUUCCCCAGAAGAUGCAGACGGUGAAGAUGAACAACCUCAACCGAGCAGCCCAUCUGUCAAAAAGACGGAAGAGAAGGGUGUUACUGUUGUUCAUGAAGUUAAAUGCAAGCUUUAUGUCAAGUCAAAUGAUCCAGCAGAUAAAGGUACAUGGAAAGAUAAAGGAACUGGGAAUCUCUCCAUAAAAUGCAAAGAAGGCGUAGACAAGGGGACAAAAGAAUCCAAACCCACAAUUCUUGUCCGGAACGAUGUCGGGAAACUGCUUCUGAAUGCUCUACUGUACGCUGGAAUCAAGACGAGCGCACAGAAGAACGCACUUGUUGCUAUAUUCCACUCCUCGGAGGAUUCCAACGAGAAUGUAACACCUAGAACCUUCCUGAUAAGGACAAAGAACGCAGAGGCUAGGGAUAAGUUAGCAACAGCCAUCCAAGAAUACGCACCUUCUUCAUAA